UUUUGUGUUAUUGUUAGUCUAUGUAUUGUUUUGUUAGUUGCUGCAUAUUUUAAUAAGGGAAAUUUUAAAGAAAAUGAAAUUAAAAUUCAAAAUAUGGAGAAACAAAUUAAUGAAAUGAUUAAAGAACAGACCAAACUUCAUGAACAAAUUAUGACUUUAAUGGAUGCUAAAACUAACUUGGAUAACUUAGACGGACAGACUGAUAAUAAUUUUGAUGAAAAGACUGUGGUUGUUGACGAUAAAGAAAAUAAGGUAAACCAUUUUAGCGUAGCAAGCUAA